AUGGGAACGGGAGUUGCAUGCGUGGUAGUGUCUUUGCUGUCGAUGAUCAUCCUGGGACAGGCUACCCUGCUGCCAAGCAUUGAGGUAGCGGAGAACGCGACGAAGUACCUCAUUGAGCAGACAUGCGCAAAGAAGGAGGUGACGACCAAGCUGGACACCCGGCUCACGGCCCUGGAGGCCCUCGUCGCCGGGCUCACCAUCACCAAAUCAGGCCCGACGGGUCCCACAGGACCGGUUGGAUUUGGGGCGACUGGUUACACCGGACCGCAAGGCCUUCAGGGAAUCCAGGGAAUUCCAGGCAACGACGGAGCAACCGGCGCUGACGGAGCAACCGGCACUGUCGGCGCGCCUGGAGCAACUGGAGACAUCGGAUUCACCGGCCCGACUGGCGCAGUCGGCGGGGCCUUCAACUCGUGCACCAUCUACCCCAACGCUGACAUCUACCCUGGAGGCCCCAACGGCAAUCCCCCCGCUCCGAACCUCAACGAUGGCGCAGCCGCGCCCACUCUGCCGGACAUUGCCUCAUGCUGCCAGUACUGCUACGACUACGUGCCCACCUCACCCCCUGACCCAUUUGCCAACCAAGUCUGCGUGGGAUUUGCCUACAUUACCCAGGAUUUGGAUGAAGUCAACACUGCGGGCAAGUGCUUCCUAAAGUCCCAGGUCCUCACCCAAGACAGUGUUUUCCUCUCCUACAACUUUGGCAUCACCUCUGGCACCACACUGACACCCCCCAACCUACCCGUGCCCCUGCAAACCCCCGUGGGCGGCCGCUAG